AUGGUGGGUCUCGCUGCCAUAAUUGCUGGGUUCUUCGAGGUUUGGUUUUACUUGGCUUUUGUUUUGGCAAAUAAAUUGUUUGGAUUUGGUAGUCCUUUUAAUUUGAGAUUGGGUUUUAUACAAAUUGUUGCUCUUGGAUUGGGUAUGAGGACCCUUGCUUGGAACUGUCAAGGUGCUGGUAGGGCCUCGACAGUUAAAGCCCUCAAGGCUCUCAUUAGGGAUGAAAGUCCUGAUGUAGUUUUUAUUGUUGAAUCCAAAUCUAAGUCGCAUAGGAUUGAAAGAAUUCGCUCAAGUAUUGGUUUUGUUGAUAAGUUUAGUGUGGAUCCUGUUGGUAAAUCUGGAGGUCUAGCCAUUUUUUGGAAAGCUAGUGUAGAUUUAGAGAUUGUGGCAAGAUUUUGGAAGUGUUUGGAGGAUUUGGUUAGUGCCUUUGCAAGCCCCUGGUUGGUUAUGGGGGACUUUAACUGUGUCGAUAGUAAUUUGGAUAAAAGAGGUGGUAGAUAUCCUGGUGAAGGUUCAACUAGAAGCUUUAGCAAUUUUGUUCAUGGUACUGGGGCAAUCGAUCUUGGUUUUAUCGAUUCUCGAUUCACGUGGUCUAAUAAACGUGAAGGUCUUGCCAACAUUAAAGAAAGGCUGGACAAAGCUGUGUGCAACCAAGAGUGGCAAUGCCUUUUCCCGAAAGCUGGAGUUAAGCAUUUAGUUGCCCCUGCUUCAAAUCAUGCUCCAAUUAUAUUGGACACCCAUAUGGAUCAGUCAGUGAGGGCUAGGCCCUUCAGAUUUGAAGCUAUGUGGACCAGAGAUGAUUCAAGUUCUGGGAUUGUAGAAAAAGCUUGGCAAGGUUUGGUAGAAGGCUCUCAUGGUUUCAAGUUGGCUAGGAAAAUUCAGCAAACCAGACAUGAUUUACAAGUUUGGAAUAGGAAUCAGUUUGGCUAUGCUAAGACCAAAAUUAGAGAAAUAGAAGCAAGAAUUAAAGAAGUACAAGACAGAGCUCCUACUAAAGAAAAUCCGGAGUUGGAAGUUGAAUUAUAUCUUCAGUUGGAUGAAUGGCUAGAAAGGGAGGACCUUAAAUGGAAACAAAAAUCCAAAGAGUUAUGGAUCAAAGAAGUAGAUCGAAAUACAAAAUAUUUUCAUUUGUCCACUUUGGUGAGGAGGAGAAGAAAUCUUAUUACAGAGAUAAGGGAAGAGAAUGGGCUUCGAUUGAUGAAUAGGAAAGAUAUUGGGGAGUACUUUUCAUCCAAAUUCUCAGAAGUGUUUCAUUCCUUCUUUUCCAAUGUUCCUCCAGAUUUAGAUGGUCUAAUCAAGCCUUGUAUUUCAGCUCAGGAGAAUGAUAUGUUGAUUACUGUGCCUUCAGCUGAUGAUAUCAAAAGAGUAGUGUUUGAAAUGCACCCCCUCAAAGCUCCGGGGCCAAAUGGAAUACUAAUUAGUAGAGAGGAGAUUAAGGGUAAUAUUAGAGGGGUGCAUUUAGCGAACGGAGCUCCACCUAUCACAAAGCUUUUCUAUGCUGAUGAUGUGAUGCUAUUUUGCAACGCCAAAUUGUCAGAAAUAAGAACUCUGCUGAAUUGCCUGGAUUGCUAUGGCAAAUGGUCUGGGCAAAUUAUAAGUGUUGAGAAGUCCGACAUUUUUAGUUCGAAAGGAGUCCAUCCUGAGUUUCUGAGACAAGUUAAAGAUCAGUUGGGAAUUAAAAAGCUCAGGCAUGGAACUAAGUACUUGGGGGUGCCAUUAUUCUUAUCAAAUAACAAGGCUAGAGAUUUUGCCUAUGUGAAGGAUAAGGUAGAUGCAAGAUUGGCUAGUUGGAAGAGCAAAAGCCUUUCUUGGGCAGGUAGAGCUACUUUGAUUAACUCUGUUGCCCAAUCCAUCCCUAAUUAUACAAUGUCCACCUUUUUGCUCCCAAGGAAAAUUAAUGACAAGUUAGAUGCGGCUGUGAGACGUUUUUGGUGGAAGCCAAAAGAGGAUUCUAAUAAGUUUUACACUCCUAUGGCAUGGGAUGAUUUGUGUAGGCUGAAAGAUGAAGAUGGUCUUGGUUUUAAAAAGUUUGAGAAAAUGAAUCAAGCUUUAGUUUCCAAAUUGGGAUGGUGGAUUUUGUCCAAGAAAAAUUGUUUUUGUGUGAAGCAAUUGGAUGCGAAGUACAAGGUUAAAGCUGAUUGGCUUAGAGCUCCAAAAGCCUCUAAUGCAUCUUGGGUUUGGAAGAGCAUUGAAAGGGUGAAGGAUAUAAUCAAGUUGGGAGCAUGUAAAUUAGUAGGUUCUGGGAAUACUAUUUUAGUUUGGGAAGACCCUUGGUUACCUGACAAAUUAGGUUUUAUUCCAACUCCAAGGGCUCAAGUAAAUAAUUCUUGUUUGGUAGUUUCUCAACUUCUAAAUUCUUCAGGUUCAGGCUGGAAUGAUAUUUUGUUAAAUGAUCUGUUUGACCAUGAGUCUAUUGCAGCUAUUAAAAACAUCCCAAUUUGGUCUUUUGAUAUGGAAGAUAGAUGGACUUGGACCAAAUCUGAAAAUGGGAAGUUCUCGAUGAAAUCUUGUUAUCGUCUCAUUUCUGAAGGAGACAUUUCACGUGGUAGUGUUUCUCUUACAAGGAAGAUAUGGAAGGCCAGCAUUCAUGAGAGGCUGAAGAUGCAUCUUUGGAGAAUUGCAUUCAAUCUUCUGCCCACUAGGGACAAGUUGAGAGAGUUUUCCCCUUCAUCUGAUACUAGCUGCCCUCUUUGUAAUGCUGAGACAGAGUCAACCCUACAUCUUUUUACUCAUUGCCACAUUGCUAGAGCUAUUUGGUUUGGUAGUCGUUGGAACAUUAGAAUUGAUAGUUGGCCUGUUCAAUCUCCGUCUCAUUUGAUUGAGUUACUUAUUAAUCCUCCUCCAUCUCUUCAACUGGAUAAAGAGCAAAGAAAUGAAUUCCUGUUAUUUGGUGCUCUAGCUUUAUAUUUAAUUUGGAUGUGGAGAAACGAAGCAAUUAAUGAGAAAUCUCUUCCAAUGGAGGGUCAAAUUAACAGAAGCAUUCAAAAGCUGUUCUUGGAGCAUUGGCGGCCUGAAGUUCCAGUGUUGACAAACAUUCCAGCUAGAAACAGUACUAGGUGGUGUUGUCCAAAUCAAGGUAUGCUAAAAUUGAAUUGUGAUGCAGCGGUUGGUGAUUUGUCUUCAUGUAUAGCGGUUGUUGCUAGAGAUUGGAGAGGGAUGUUGGUGUUUGCAAUUUCAAAGAAAGUUAACACCAAUAUCCCUGUUCAAGCCGAGGCUUAUGCCAUUCUUCUGGCUGCCCACAUUGCUUUGAACUUCACAUUUUGUAAUUGCAUUAUAGAGAGUGAUUGUAAAGUUUGUAUAGAUGCCAUUAGCUGGUGGGAAGGUAAUUCCUUGGAGGCUUGUGAAUUUUGUGGACUCAGUUAA